AAACCCCAAGAGGCUGUGGGCUUUUCGAGGUCCCAGGAGUGGACGCCAGGGAUCGGGCCCCAGGACAGGAUCGAUGUUGAACAGGGGCUUUCUGUCCCACUAGAUUAGAAGUAUUUAACCAUUAAAUGUCCCUUUUUAAAAAAAUGGGUAGAAUCUUACGUUUGCUUUUUAAAGUUUAUUGGUUCUUUAAUUGACAAAGUCUUGGAAUUCCUUUUGCAAUUUUUGUCACCGUUAAAUAUUUUAUGGUAUGUAAAGAAGUGCUAAAUGAAAGACUACUUGAAGGUAUAUUGUGGUUAUUCAGCAAGGAGACUAAUUCACCUGCUUCAUUUGUUGAUUGGUUUUACUGUGAGAUCGUUUGAUUCUGUGCAUGGCUCCACCCUUACCUCCCACCCCAUACUGGUAAAUCUGGGGCUACCGCAGUGGCAUGGUCUACAGAGGCCCCCCUCUUUCCCUAGCAGUUUGAGGCCUUUUGCACUCCCAAAUCCCAGAGCUUCUGCUCUGUUUCAUUCUAGUCUAAAUCACAAGUAUCCUUCAGUACCUGGAAAAAGCCUUUUCUCUUUCAGAAAGCCUCCAACCACCUUGAAUUCCCUAUAUUUUGAAGCCCAGGUGCAGGGCUUACUUGGGGAAUUGAUGUUCUUCGGUUUCGAAAAGGAUAGAGUCUAGGGAAGAAGCAAGAGAAAUAGAGAAAAAUAGUAGGUCCCUUAGAGGGACCUACAGGGAGGGCCUGUAGGAACACAGAGGAAGCUCCUAACCUAGUGGGCGGGGGGGGGCCUCUUGAGACCAUUUCUGUUCCACAUGAGCCUUGAAUUCCCAGCUAGACUGGGCACUUCUCAGAGGAGGUUGGGGACACCGCAGGAGAGGCACCUUGGCCUAUUCCUCGCCCAAAGAUGAAAUGUGGCAACUGUGGUGAGAUUUCAGAGAAGUGGCAAUACAUUCGGCUGAUGGACAGUGUGGCACUGAAGGGAGGCCGUGGCAGCGCUUCCAUGGUCCAGAAGUGCAAGCUGUGCUCAAGGGAAAACUCCAUUGAGAUUUUGAGCAGCUCCAUCAGAUCUUAUAAUGCUGAAGACAAUGAGAAGUUCAAGACGAUAGUAGAGUUUGAGUGCCGGGGCCUUGAACCAGUUGACUUCCAGCCCCAGGCUGGGUUUGCUGCUGAGGGUGUGGAAUCGGGGACAGUCUUCGGUGACAUUAAUCUGCAGGAGAAGGACUGGACUGACUAUGAUGAAAAGGCUCAGGAGUCUGUGGGAAUUUAUGAGGUCGCCCACCAGUUUGUGAAGUGCUGACCCCUUCACCUUCACACUUGCCUCUAAGAACUGAGAAGGGACGAUGUGCCCCACGCAACAGAGCCCACUGAGGCUGGUACCUUCAUCCCUUGUCUCCUGGCAGCUGUCCAAGCCCUCACCGUCUGCAUGUUGGGCUGUGUCACAGCGUCCCAAGCCCCACCAAUAAAGCCCGUUUGUGCUGUACUCAUGCAUGAAGGUGGUGUCAGGGAGCAGCCACUCCCUCCACAAAUAAGAAUUCACGUUGGAGGUCUUUUACUGCUCCUGACACCUUCCACAAUGCGGACUCUUGCACCUGAUCCAAUUUGCAAAUUAUGAAGAGCACACAGCUGAGGGCUCUCCAGCUCGUGGGGAAUGGGCAGGUCGAUCCGCAGAACCACAGGUGCUGAGGCCAGUGGUGCGAAGUGCAGUCGAGCCUGUGGAAGGAUGCCAUGAACCCCGCAGUCCUGAGCCGAAACACUGCAUCGAUUACCUUGGCUCUUAAGAAAAUGUAGGCAUCUCUGUUAGCUGGUGUCACUUCAUAUUCCAGGGCCAGAAGGGACUGCAGGGGUCAGCAGUCUAGGCCAGGCAUGAAUUGCUCUAUAAAUUCCAGCUGGGUAGUCAUUA